UAGGUUGUCACGUUCUAUCCAAUCAGCGAGAGGUUCCUUGGCGCAUAAUGCAAGCUACACCAAUCGUAUUUGAUUAGAGGCGGGACUUGCUUCUACGAGACCCAGAAGGACGCCGUUGACUAGCCAACGAUAAAUAUUGACGUUACAGAGAACAAACGGCAAAAACAGAGGCACGGAGACGGUAGAACUUUGUAAAGAUGUUUAAAUUGAGGUCUUUUUAUUUUUUACAAUUAGUUUUAUAAAGGAUGAAUGAAACUCUGAUACUAAGUUAGUUCGUUUUCGUUUAGAAGUUGCAAUAAGGAUGACUACAGCUUAAUUUUAGACUAUUCUAAGUAUUAAUGAAGAUGGACAAAAACAAUAGUUCGGUUUUGGAGAUAAAACGCAGUUGUCUCGUCACUAAAUCGGUGAAAUGUUUGCUGAAUGAGUUCCAGUGUGUGUACGGAGAGAAGCUCAGACGCCUCGAGUGUGAAAUUAAAGGCUCCCAAGAGGAGAUUUUGCAGAUGAAGAUCCGGAUCCUGUACUGUUAUGUAAAUGACCUGAGCGACCAGAAUCGAAUCUUGGUCCACACAGUGGAAGAGCUGGAGAAAGAAGCAAACGAGAAGGUCGCCGAUUUGAAAGCGAAACUUCAUACUGCAGCAGAAGGCAUUAACGUGAGACGUGAUUUGGACCAUCAGAGGAGGCGCCUGGAGGAAGACAACAAGCGCCUGAGAGCCGAGAUUCAGCAGCUGGAGGCUGAUGCUCAGACCCUUACACGUGUGAUACAAGAGGCUCAGCGUGCACACGGCCUGGACGUCACAGGGCUCACAUUAAAGACACAGACACUGCAGAGCAUCACAAACCAAUCAGCUCACAGCAGUCAGAUAUCGCAGAAGCCAGGCGACCUUAUGAAGGCUCAGGUGGAGGAUCUGCGGAAUCAGCUGAAGACCAAAAACAGGAUUAUUCGACGUCUGGAAGAGGAAAUUAAGAUGCUUUUGUCCCACAGAGUCCCAGAGAAGAAUGAGUUGCAGGGCAUAAGGGUUGCAGAAGCUCUGGAGGAGGUGUGUAAGCCGAGCGUGGUGCAGAAACGAAAACACACUGAGCAGAUACACAUGACGGAAAGCAGGCUGUCUGUGGCCCAGAAGCGACUGCAGGAGAACAAGAAGCAGAUCGCAGAGCUGAAAAAAGAGUGUGAACAUAAACAGAAAGAGGUGGAGAAGCUGCGAGAAGAGACCACAAGGCGUGAAGUGCUGGUGAAGGAGAACGCUGAGGAGCUUCAGACGGUAAUCUCUGAGAAGAGAAACCUGGAGCUGCAGCUCGCCGUAAUCGCUGAGAAACACAGAGUGGCUCAACAAGAGGCGUCCAGCCGAGAUCGGGUGAUUCUGCAGCUGAGGGCGGAGCUUCGAGUCUUGGUGGAGAAGAACCAGGGAGUGCAGGAGGAGCUGGGGCUGCAGGAGGCCGAGGUCAGCAGGCUUAAUGAGAAGGUGAGGAAGCAGCAGGCCCACUUACAGGAGCUGAGAGAGCUGUGUCGCCACGGAAACGCCCGGAUGGACCAUGAACAGCAGAAAACACAGCAGCUUCAGAGUCAGCUACAGCUCGCCCAGCAACAGAUGACACGGCAGUCCGAGCGUGCGGAGCGUCUGCAGAGGGAGAUGACCACCUCACAGCUCGACCACACUGCCGACUCCGAGCGCUGGACUCAGAGGAACCUUCUCCUGCACAGAGAGGUCCAGCAGCUCCAAGAGCAGAACGUCCAGCACACGCAGAUCCUCGGAGAACUCCGAGAGAAGCUCAGAGAAGCCGAGCACACACAGCACCUCGCCCAGGAGAAGGUAACAGAGUAUGAGGAAUUGCUGAAGAAGCGGGACACGGAGAUCAGACUUCUGAACCAGCAGCUGGAGGAGAUCCAGGACGAAGUGCAAAAGAGCAGGAACGUGUCCCAGAGUCACCGUUCUGCGCUGGACAUCUUCAAACAGAAAUACACCACUGCCAUGGAGAAGGUCCAACAACUGCAGGUCCUGAUCCAGAGAUCAGAGGAAGAGGCGGAGCUUUCUCAGAAACAGGUCGUCGAGGCCCGAGCGGAAGUUUGCAGUGUAAGAGCUGAAAUGUCCAGUCUGGAGUCUCGCUACGAGCAGACAGCGAGGCAAGCGGAGCUCUCGGAGGAGGCGAUGGAGCUGCUCACGGACGAGCUCCAGGCAGCGCUGGACAGCCUGAGGAGCCGAGAGGAGAGAAACCUGCAGGUCGAGAUGGAGGUGGCUGAGCUGCAGAACACGCUCCUGACUCUCCAGACCGGAAGCCAAGAACUGCAGGAGCUCCGUGAGGAGAUGCGGAAAGUGACUGAGGAGAAGAACCAGAAGGAAAAGGAGAACCGGGUCAUGAGGAACGAGCUCGAGCAGCUGGGUCGUGAACUUCAGCAGCUCCUCUCCUUCUUCACAGAAACGGCUGACACUGUACUCGAACGGGAAGACAGUGAAGUUUUCUUACCGUCAUUUCUCAAGAUUGCAGAGCAGCAGCCCAGUGACAAUCCUGAAGAGAAAGAGGACGUCCGUCAACUCACCCGGCUACAGUUGACUGUAGAGAAGCUUCGAGCCGAGGCCGGCGGUUUUCUGAGAUCUCUGCGGAACGCUGUAGGAGAGGCAGCGACGCAGCGGAGACUUGUUUGUGAGGCGGUGGGGGAACGACACGAGGUCGGAGAGCAGCAUGACCAUGCUCCUGUGCGUGAAGACGUGGUAGAACGUUCAGAUUGGAAGAAGGUGGAAGAUCUCGAGUGUCCUGAACAGAGCCGUGAUCUCAACCCGACAGAACAUCUUUGGGAUGAACUGGAGCCUCCUCACCAUCAUAACAUCAGCGCCUGAUCUCAACCUCACUAACGCUCUCGUAGCCGGAUGAAGACCAAUCCCCACAGCCACGCCCUAAAAUCCAGUGAUAAGCCUUCCCAGAAGAGUGGAGCGCGUUAAUAAUGGCAAAGAGGGGACUAAAUCUGGAAUGAGAUGUUCAACAAGUACAUACAGGUGUGAUGGUUACGUGUCCACAUACUUUUGUCCAUAUAGUGUAUAAUAACCAGAACAGCUAUGAUUGGUUCAUAUAGCGUAAUCUCUGUUAAUAUAUCAGGGUAAUGUAAUAACGUGUACCGUGGAGGCGAUGAUACCGUGAUAUCACACAAGCCUAUAAUAAAUAGUGUCACAUUAGACCAUCGUAAGGUCGUAAUGAUGACGUCAUUACGUUAAAGUUAGCGGAAAUCGAACUAGUACUAAAAGGCACGGUUCUGUUGGUUCCUGUUCUUGUUUGCGAACGCGCAGUGAUGAAUUGCCUACAUGUUAUUUCCUCAUCCCUCCAUCUCUCGCUGCUCGUUUCUGAUAUGAGGCGCUGGUGCAGAUGAGCUCAUUACGUGUAAUUUUCUAUAAGAUCAUCCACAUUAGCGGCGAUGUACAUUUGUUUGUGUUGCCUCAUUGCGCCGGAGAGCCGAAUCUGAUUCGGAUAUUAAUUGAUUAGAUUUUUAAGGAUUUUUAAGCAUGGGAAAUGAACUGGAGGGCUGAAUGUGUUGCUUUCGCUCUCUCUCGCUCUCUCAUACACACACACACACACACACACACACAUUCUGCUCCUCGCUUUAUCUUCAUGAUGGUAUCAUUACCGUGAAGAGUGUGCGUCAGCCAUCAAAUUAGCGCGCCACAUUUUUAAUGAUCCGCCUCAUGUGCCAAAUAAAGCGUGCCCAUUGGCUCAUUAUUGAUCUUCAUUUGCCCUGAUUGGUGCCACUUGCGAGAGUCUGAAAAUCCUUUGGAAAUGCACAGCAGGAGUUGGUGAGAGAGAGAGAGAAGACGUACGAGCUGAAUGUAUACAUUAUUAGGCAGCUGGUGUCCUGCGUCCUUCGGCCCACUAUUACCAUGAGGCCGAGGGGCAUCGUAAAAACCACCGAGUCCCAGUGAAACGACCACCGACAAGGCCAUUAUCAGCUCCUCAGCCACACUCAUUACAUACACACACACACACACACACACAGGAAAAAAGCAAUACAGUGCAGCACUGCUUAUAGAUAAAACGAUCGGGAUGAUUUGACCAAUUAAAGCACAUGAAAGCGUUUUUCGGAGACUCUCCUCAUCCACUCCUAUUUUAACCCAAUUUACCGAACUUCCCCUCCAGACCAUCACAUUUGCAUCGCUCUCAUACGAGAACGUUAUUGCGGAGGUGAUCAUUAAGAAGGCCUGCAGUUUAAGAGCUUGCUUAACUGCAAAUCGGCGCAGCGAGACCUCCACCGCCACGUGUUUUUAAUAUACGGUAGCCAUGCAAUGCGUGCUCCUUAAUCAUCGCCUAACAGCGGCGAUGUUCUCCUCCCGAGUUCCCCUUCCUCGGAUACUUUUAAUUAGCCCCCUUAUAUUAACGGUAACACAUGGACGUGCACCGUGCUCAACGAUCCCGCCGCGAAACAGAGAGACGCGAUCCGGAGGUCGGCUCGUAAUCCUGAGCAGGGAGGAGUCAUGCUAACGUCGUGUUCUCUCCCACGCCAACGUCUCUCAUCUUCCCUCCCUUUUAAUGUGUGUGUGUGUGUGUGUGUGUGUGUUUCCGUCUUCAUUUAUAUUAAUUUCACAAAUCUCUGCGGACGAGCGGGAGGCGGUGGCGUCCACCCGCCCUCGUCUCGUUACACACCCCUGGGACUGGUGUUUUAAUUUAGCCCCGACUUCACUGUAAUAAAAUUUUAUAUCAGUCUUUUAUUAGGUGUUAAUAUUACACUAGCUCUCCCUCCACUACAGCUUUAUCUAAUUGCUUUCAUUAGCACCGCAGGAACCGCUCGGGCGAGGACACAUAGACGCUCGCUCGCUCGCUCGCUCGUUUUACUGCAAGGCUACCAGUUAGAAUCUACCGCUGUAGGUUUCUCUUACGCUUCUGUGAUGAAAUGCAUACGUUGUAAGCUGUAAAUUUACACGUUACUAUAACACUGGUUAGCUGAACCAUCCGUAUUUUUAUGCGUACCAUAUAUUCUCGACGUGAACUUCGGCACGUUUCCCUGCACGUUUUUAAUCACACGUGUAACGUUACUAAUGCGUUUAUAGACAAUAUAUAAUUAAAUAUCAUUACUAAUUAAUAACCAGUUCAUCCACCACACUAUGUAGUCUAUUGACAGGUUGCUAAGCAACAUCCCGGACAAAGAUUAGGGUAUUCUACAGACAGGACAAUGGUUGCAGCGUGACUGUUUUACUGGUUUGGCCGAUCUACCUGUCUUGGAGUUGUGUGGCUCUGAUGGUGUACGGAUAUAACCCCCGCCGCCAUCACAAUUCACAAAACUCCUCCUCGAUCGUCACGCAAGGAGUUGUGGGUAAUAUUCGCUGAAAAAGUGUCCUCGGAUCCACACUUGGGAAAUCUAGCGGAAACAGCAGACUAUCCGGGUGUCUCUGGGAGACUCGUUUCAGCAGACUAUGAUUCGGGACAUCCUGACUCUAAUCUCGGAUACUGUUGAGGAUGGAUAGUAGGUGAAUUGGGAUGCAGGGAUCCUUUAGAACAGUGUAAAGUGACCGGAACUACUUUUAACUAUAUGUUUGGAAAUUUGAUAAAACUCCAGGAGAACAGCUUUGAUGUAAUCUUUUCCCCUCCAUAUAAAUGAGGAAAGAGCUCUUUCUGUCUCUCUCUCUCUGUGAGUCUGUCUCUUUCAGUCCCACUCUCUCUAUCUGACUUUCUCGCUCCCUAUCUCUCUCUCUCUCUGUGAGUCUGUCUCUUUCAGUCCCACUCUCUCUAUCUGACUUUCUCUCUCUCGUUCUGUCUC